AUGACUAUCACAUCAAACGAAGAAACUAGAACCGAUCGACUGGUCAAAUGGGCGGCCGAAUUGAAGUACAGCGAUAUUCCCGACGACGUGAUCCAACGCACCAAGGAUUUCUUCCUGGACACACUAGGCUGUGCUAUUGCCGGUCGUAGCCACCCUGCGGUUUCUGCAAUGGUGCGCUUCGCAGCACAAAUGGGCCCGUCUGAUGGAAAGAGUGAAUUGAUUGAUGGCUCCCAAAAUGUCAGAACUAGUCCGGCAUUUGCUAGUUUGAUCAAUGCUGCUGCGUCUCAUGUGGUUGAACAGGAUGAUCUUCACAUGCGAAGCAUCAUGCAUCCAGCAACUGUCAUCUUCCCAGCUGCUCUUGCAGUUUCACAAGACAUUGGAGCUACUGGAGAAGAGUUCCUCACUGCUUGUGUGGUUGGCUAUGAGGUGGGCUGUCGUGUUGGAGAGUACCUAGGAAAAAGCCACUACGAGAAAUUCCAUACUACCGCAACUGGAGGAGUCAUUGGAGUCGCAGCGGCCGUAGCUCACCUUCUGAAACUCGAUGCAAUUCAGACAUCAUCAGCUGUCGGAACAGCCGGUACUCAAGCCGCAGGUUUAUGGCAAUUCUUGAUGGAUGCAACGCACUCAAAACAGGUGCACACCGCAAAGGCCUGUUUCGACGGCAUCUUCGCUGCCUACUCUGCUCGCGAUGGCCUCCUAGGUCCGCGGGAUAUCCUGGAAGGGCCACGAGCAAUGGGUGCUGCACUAGUCCCGGGUGAACUACACCCAGAGGCCAUCGACCAGAACUUGGGCAAAGACUUUGCCGUUAUCAAUUCCAGUUUCAAGUGGCACGCAUCUUGUCGUCACACGCAUCCCAGUGUGGACGCAUUGCUGAACCUGAUGUCGAAGAACCAGGUCACGUUCGACGAUAUUGACUCUAUUCUUGUUCCUACAUACCAGGCUGCUAUUAACGUGCUGAGCUUGAGUGGGAAUGGCGACACGGUUCACCAGAGCAAGUUUUCGAUGGGCUUUGUACUUGCCAUCGCGGCGAAGAAGGGACAUGCUAUGAUUACUGAUUUCACCGAAGCUGAUCUAACGGAUGCCUCUCUGCGUGAUUUCCAGAGUCGAGUGACGAUGGAGUAUAAUGCAGAAAUUGACUCUAAAUUCCCUGAAGAGUGGCAAGGGACUGUUAUUGUCACUUGCAAGUCUGGGAAGGUUUUCAAGGAAUCAACCAGAUUUGCAAAGGGAGACCCGGAGCUUCCUUUGACAAGGUCUGAAAUUGAGGCGAAGACGCAUGCGCUUGCCAAAUAUGGCGGAAUCACGGAUACCGCCAAGGUUGAUUCUAUAAUCAAGAGAGCUUGGAACUUAGAAAAUGAGGUGGAUCUUAGAGGUUUCGUUUUCUAA